AUGUCGUUCUUCAACAAUCUCAAAAAGGUGCUGCACCUCGGCGGGGGGAAUGACGCCAAGAAGAAGAAGGUGUUCAGCAACAUCAGGGAUAACAGCGAUCCCAAUGAGCACUGGGACAUGAUAGGGGAGCUGGGCGAUGGCGCCUUCGGCAAGGUGUACAAAGCCCAGCACAAGACCACCGGCCAGCUCGCCGCGGCCAAGAUGUGCGUGCUGGACAACGAGGACGACCUGGCCGACUUCACCGUUGAGAUCGACAUACUCUCCGAGUGCAGGCACCCGAACGUCGUGGAGCUGCACGAGGCGUACUUCAUAGACAACAAACUCUGGAUGCUGCUCGAGUACUGCGACGGCGGCGCCCUCGACUCGGUGAUGUCCGAGCUGGAGAAGGGGCUCAGCGAGGCGCAGAUCGCGUACGUGUGCCGCGAGAUGUGCAGGGGCCUGCAGUUCCUGCACUCGCGGCGCGUCAUCCACCGCGAUCUGAAGGCGGGCAACGUGCUCGCCACGAUGACGGGCGGUGUCAAGCUGGCGGACUUCGGCGUGUCGGCGAAGAACAAGUCGACUCUUCAGAAGCACGACACCUUCAUCGGGACCCCGUACUGGAUGGCGCCGGAGGUGGUGCUCUGCGAGACCUUCCGGGACAACCCCUACGACUUCAAGGUGGACAUCUGGUCGCUGGGCAUCACGCUGAUCGAGUUCGCCCAGAUGGAGCCGCCCAACCACGAGAUGACGCCGAUGCGGGUGCUGCUCAAGAUCCAGAAGAGCGAGCCGCCCUCGCUGGAGCAGCCGUCGCGCUGGAGCGCCGCCUUCAACGACUUCGUGGCGAAGGCGCUCGUCAAGGAGCCGGAGAAGAGGCCGACCGCGGGCGAUCUGCUGAGGCACGAGUUCGUGAGCGGGGAGCUGGACUCGAAGCCGCUGCGCGACCUGCUGCUCGAGUACAGGGCGGAGGUGGUCGAGGAGGAGUUGCUGGACGACGAUUCGGAGGAGCAUCGCAGCUCUCAGAUGCAUAUGGAGAUGGAAGAUGACUCGACUUCGGUGAGGUCGGGCGAGACGCCGGACAUCAAAAUGUCCGAAGAGCCGCCCGCGGGGAGCGCCCCCGCCCCCGCGCCCUCCCCCGCGCCCACGCCCGUGCCAGCCCCCGCCCCCGCCCCCAAGCGUCCGCACGACGACGACCACCAGCUGGCUGACAGGAAAGCGCCCGCGCCCAAGAAGGAGAAAGGCCCCGCGCCCCCGCCGCCCGCCGUCGCCUCCAUCCCCUCCGCCCCCUCCGCGCCCGCGGCCGCCGCCCCCUCCACGCCCGCCACGCCCGCACCCGCCCCCCAGCCCUCGCCGACGCUGCCGACACAGACCGCCCCCCACACCCCCUCAGCGCAUGCCCCCGUCAGCCCCGCCCCCGCCGCCACUGCCCCCGCCCCUCCGGCGCCCCCUUCGCCCGCAACGCCCUUCGCCGCCGCCGCGACCGCCACGGCCUCUGCAGCGGACAGCCCCGCCCCCCGCACGCCGCGAAAACAGCCAGCGCCCCCUCCCCCGCCGGUCGCGGCAGCCGCCGGCAGGCACAUCGUCGACCAGGUGUGCAGAGAAGCAGAGAGAGCUGUCGAGGAGAAGUCACAGAAGAUCACGCCAAAGACGAGCGCAGAGCCGGCGGCGAUAUCACGCUCCGAAGUGGACGAGAAGAGAGCCGCAGUGGAGUUGAGAGAGAAGAAGGAGCGAUCCCGCUCCACUUCCACGGACCUGGACAGGGUGGUGGAGACGAGCAGGGUGAGCGCCGAGGUGAGCCGAAUAGAGAGAGAGAACCGGUCCCGGUCGGUGGAUGACAAGGACAGAGUCAGCGUGGAGGUGACGAGGGUCGGGAGGUUGGAGAAGAAGGAGUACUCGAGGUCGAGCUCCGUGGAGAAUCGACAAGAGGAAGAGGAUAGCAGAGAGAAUAGGCAGCAAAACGCGGUGGAGAUCAGGCCUCUAACGCCGCCAGCCGGUGCCGUGACGGUGGUGGCGGUGAGCGCGGAGCCCAACUCGCUGGCCGCCUCCCCCGCCGGCCUGGUCACCGUCACCACCACCCACCCGCCCGUGCUCAGCACCGCUCUGACGUUGCCGCCCAACGCCGUGACCAUCUCCACCACGCCGCCCAUAGCCGACGAGGUGGUGAUCGUGGGCGCCGGCUCGUCCUCGGACGACGACUGCUUCGCGCCCUCGUCCCUGGACUCGCUGGACUGCGCCAACUCCUGCAGCGAGAAGAGCCGCGGCCGCCGGCUGGACAGCAGCGAGGUGCUCAUCCUGAGCCCAGGAGCGGCCGGCGACUCUGGGGUCUUCGACGACAGCGCCGCCAACGGCCUCAACCUGGAUACCUCCCACGUGUCGGUGGUGACCGUCGGCGCGGAGGAGGUGCGGGUGCGCGACUCGGCCGCCACGCACAUCGCCCUCGCCGCCCCGCGCCUCUCGCCCGACAGCUUCGACAGCAGGCGCUCGCGCUCCGACAGCGGUUCCGUGGCGUCUGCGUCGUCGCGGCGCGGCGCGGACGCCGACUCGCUGGCGACCACCGCCUCGCACGAGUCGGCGCACAACGCGCACGCGCACGCACACGCGCACGCGCACACGAAUGCGCACGCGCACGCACACUCGCCCGACGCGCAACUCAACGGGGGCGCCAGGGUGAAUACCGAUAGCCAGGACUUGGACAACGGAGAGCAGGUCGUGCUGAGGCGGAACCGCCAAGAUCCAUCGAACAGAAUGCAAAGAUCAAAGGAGGACAUUCACAUGGCGAACCUGAAGAAGAAGACGCGAAAGCGCACGAGAAAGUUCGAGAUCGACGGCGUCGUGGUCACCACUACCACCUCCAAGGUGAUAUGGGGCGACGAGGAGAGCGGCCGCACGUGGGAUGACCACGCGCUCCGCAAGCAGGAGCUGCGAGAGAUCAAGAUGCUGCAGAAGCAGGAGCAGAAGCAGUUCCAGGACCUCGACGCGAAGGAGCAGCAGCUGCGCGAGCAGCAGGACAAGAGGUUCGAGGCGGAGCUGGGCGGGCUGGCGCGCGCGCACGAGGCGGAGCUGGAGGCGCUGGCGCGGGCGCAGCGCGGCGCCGCCGAGCGCGCCGAGCAGCAGCUCGAGGCGGAGCUGCGCGCGCAGGCCAAGCGGCUGCGCGCCGAGCACGAGCGCGACCUGCGCCACUUCCGCGACACGCUCAAGCAGGAGCUGCGCCUGCUCAAGCAGGAGGUCGAGCUCGUCGCCAAGGAGCGGCGCAAGGAGGCGUACCGCGUGCGGCGCGCGCGCCUCGACGCGGAGCACGCCGAGCGCGAGCGCGCCUUCGUGGCGGCGCUGGCCGAGGCGGCGGACGCGGUGCUGCGCCGCGUGCACGAGCACCACCGCGAGCGGCAGGCGCUCGCCGACCGCCAGUACCUGCAGCAGCGCCACCAGAUCAUGCGCACCCGCGAGGCGGCGCUCUGGGAGCUGGAGGAGAAACAGAUCCACGAGCGGCAUCAGCUGGCCAAGCGGCAGCUCAAGGACGAGUUCCUGCUGAGGCGGCACCAGAUGCUCGUUCGCCACGACAAGGAGUUGGAGCAGAUAAAGAGGAAGAACAGCCGGAAAGAGGAGGAGCUGGCCAAGUGCCAGGCGCUGGAGAAACGCUCGCUGCCGAAGAGGAUCCGAGCGGAGCAGAAGGCGCGCGAGAUGAUGUUCCGCGAAUCGCUGAGGAUCGCGGGCCCGCACGCGCCGGAGGACGACCGCGACCGCCUCAAGAAGUUCCAGGAGAACGAGAAGCGACGGUAUAGAGCCGAGCAGCAGAGGUUGGCGACAAAACACGCCAAGGCGAAGGAGGAGCUGAAGGCCGCUGGAGAGGCGAUGCUCCGCGAGCUGGAGCAGUACCAGAACGAGAAGCGCAAGGCGCUGAUGAACCAUGAGAGCAGCAAGAUGAAGGCGGUCGAGGAGAGAUACGCCCUCGAGCUGAAGGAGUGGCGCGCGACCCUCGGCGACAGGAAGCUGAACCUCAUUAGCACGUUCGAGCGGCAGCUGGACGAGCACGAGAGAAAGUACGGGCGGCCCGUGCCCGACCGCUCGCUCCACCUGGACGCCCCUGGCCGAGGAACGUCUAGGACCAGCCUCAACCUGGCGCUCUCGUCGGCGGCCAGCACCCCCGACCCGGGCCGCCGGCGCAGCAUCAGCCCCGGCACGGGCAGAAGGGGACGGCUGGCCAAGGCGCAGAAGUACGGCUCCACUUCCAACCUGAAGCUGGUCACGGAGAAGAUAUCCGGCUUCUCGGUGUUCCGCGGCGCCGACGACGGCCGCCGCGAGCCGAUCAUGGCAUACUCCACACCAGAGCACAGAACCGGGGGAAGAGGUGUCAUAGAAGAGGAGUCGACAGCGGCACGCGACAACAGAGAUAUGAAGAAGAGACACACCACAUAUGAAUACAGCAGAGAUGAUAUGGAGGAGAGGCGCGGCCACAUCCACGGCUCGAGGGCGGACGAUAGGAAGAGGGACGUCGCGAUGGAGGCGGUGGUCAUAGACCUUCCUUCGCUGGAUGGCAGCAGCGACGCCGAUGGCGAGGGUCGCACGGGCCACUUCAGCCGAUGGGGGCCGGUGCGCGGCUCGAACAGCUACUCGGGCCGCGGCGAGGUGCCCGUCAGCCAGCUGUCCACGCGGGACUUCAAGGCGGCCCUCGCCGCGGACAAGGGCGGCUCCUCCGACUCGGUGGCG